AUGACAAGUUUCCAUUUGGAAGGAACCGAGUCUCCAACAACAACAAAAAAACAAAUCAAACAAUUCUUAGCCGACACAAGCAACAACGUUUUCUGCUUUUUCCCCACUAAUAACCUUUUCACGUUUGUCCCACUUCUCCUAUCUCCAACAAUUAUUAUACUUUACAUAACCCUUUCCCUUCACCAUUUGCCAAUUCCUCGAAAAAAUCUCAUACUCCUAUCAAACCUCAUUCCAAAGAACAAAAACCAAGUGAGAAACAAAAUGGCCACUGCAGAGAAUGCAUACACUCUUGAUUCAGUGAGGAAGGCUUUGGUUAGACAAGAAGAUACAAUUGUUUUUGGUCUCAUUGAGAGAGCCAAGUUUCCUUUCAAUUUUCAUACCUAUGAUAAGAAUUACCUUCAACUCCCUGGUUUUUGUGGCUCAUUGGUUGAGUUUGUUUUCCAGAAUACCGAAACUGUUCAAGCUAAGGCCGGAAGAUACGAAAACCCCGAAGAGAAUCCCUUCUUUCCAGAAAAUUUACAACCAUUGCUUGUGCCAUCUUACCCUUUCACAAAGAUUUUGCACUCUGGAGCCGCUUCGGUUAAUAUAAACAAGUCCUUGUGGAAAAUGUACUUUGAUGACUUGCUUCCGUUGUUUGUUGCUUCGGGCGAUGAUGGCAACUACGCACAAACUGCAGCUAGUGAUCUCUCAUUGUUGCAGGCCAUUUCUAAAAGGGUUCAUUAUGGAAAGUUUGUAGCUGAAGUUAAAUUCCGGGAAUCUCCUCAAGACUACGAGCCUUUAAUUCGUGCUAAGGACAGAGAAGGGUUGAUGAAAUUGUUGACAUUUAAGAGCGUUGAAGAGAUGGUGAAGAAGAGGGUUGAAAAAAAGGCAACAUUGUUUGGUCAAGAAAUAAGCCUUGACAGCAAUGAUGACAGCAAAGAGAAAAAAAAGUUUGAUCCAUCAGUGGCUUCUAAAUUGUAUGAGAAAUGGGUAAUACCUCUUACUAAGGAAGUUCAGGUGGAUUAUCUAUUGCGCCGGUUGGAUUGA